ACUGAGAAUAAAUAUAUAGAAAUUCAAAGAGCGAAAAGGGGAUGCGCUAACGCCGAUUUUGUUGCAGGCGCUGCAUUGGAACGGUUACCGCUUGGUAUUUUACGCCCGUCGAUUCCUUACCCACUGGUAACUUCGUGUGUGUUUGUCUUCAUUGCUGACUCGUCCUUAAUGUACUGACUCUUUGAAUGUGUGCAUAUGUUUGUUGAAAAAUCCACAUAUCUGGCCACCAUACGUAGAUUACUGAAUCGGCAAUUACUGAAGAACUUGAUCAAUUACUUGAACUGAGUUUGUAGAUUGACUCUGUCUUGAUCUACUCGCAAAAGGAAUUAAAUAUGGCGUAUGCUUAUUCUCCGAGUAGUUUGUAUGAUCCGAGCUACACGCCGGUGACGCCACGUCGUAAGCGACGAUCAAAGUCAGUACCUCCACCAUCGAAUUCCCUUCCUUCCAGUGAAACAACUGCAGAGUUUCGCUCCAACAGAGCUUGGACAUCGUCCCAGUAUAUUCGAGGUUUAUCCGUUGGUCCAUCUUACCAGCAAAAGGCUUAUGACACCGUGAGGCGCCAGUAUUUCGUCCCACAGAACAUCCCGCCGAGGAGGACCCUGUCAAAUGCCUACAACCUGAGGCCACCCCCAUCCUACCACCAUACCAUGGCCCGCCUGGGAAGCACUACUGGCCUGAAGACACAGGAUCCGUACUACUACGCCAGCCGCGACUACCUGUCACGCACUGGAAGUUACUAUGGAACCUACGGUCGCCCAAGGCAGUAUAGAGCACCACAGUCAAGAGUGUCCCAGUUCUACCCAGGACCUUCUGAGGACAUCUACUCACCCGGGUAUGGCAGUAAUCGCUACAGCAGGAGUCCUGCCAAGCGCCGACCUUUGUCACAGUCAUACUCUCCUGUAAUCCUUGAGUCACAAGAUGAUCUAGAGGUAGCAAAGCCUCUUAAAACGAAAGAACAUCAAGCCGAAGUGAAGCCUCCUUCUCCUCCUGUUAGGGCAGUUGUCGGAAAAACCGAUGUAUCUAAAGAUGAAGGCGUCACUGACAUCGAGCAGAAGGCCAGCGACAUCAAGAGCGUUGUCAGUCCACCAGUACGCGCUGUCCAACUGGGAGAAACUGAUGUCAGCACUGACCACGGUGCCGACGUCACCGACCUCGAACAACGCGUCGAGGAUGCUAAGGACGUAGUCAGUCCUCCAGUGCGAGCUGUCCAGAUGGGACAAGCCGACAUCGCGCAAGGCCAAGCCGCUGAUUUCACCGACUUCGAAGAACUGACUGAGAUCGCUGUCGAUUUGGACUUCAAUCCACAUCCAGUGCGAGCCGUGCAGCUCGGCGAGGCUGAAUUGGCCAAUGACUCCAUGAACGAAGUCGCUGAGCUCAACAAUAACCCCAGUGAUGAACCACAAGCUCAAAAAGCAACCAUCAUUGAGGACCCACAAGCAGAGUUUGCUCAGCAGAGUGAAUCCUAACUAACCAAGUCAAAAGUUGUCCUAAAAAUAAUAUAAAUGCACGACAUCACUUUAAUUCUUGAGGUUAACAAUAAUUUUAAAUGCAUUCUUAAAUAAAUGCACGACAUCACUUUAAUUCUUAAGGUUGUUAAAUUUAUUCUUUAAAAUAUUUAUAUAACUCAUGUUUCGUCCAAGUUGAUGAACAAGAGUGUAUUGCUGAUUCUUUUGUUUCACCACCAUGCAAGCCAACUAAAUAAAGAAGCUCAACGAAACAGCUAUAACUUUGAGGCCAAUGAGUGAUACAUUAAAAUAUCAAGGUACUCCCUUUGUAUUUGAAACGUUUUUAAGGUUCAAGAAUUUAAUAUAUCUGUCACCUCACCACUGUAAAAAGUAAAAUGCUACAGUAACGCAGUGUUGCAUUCAUUAAGAAUAAAACAGCUCUUAACAGGAGGCUAAAAAGUGAUAUAAUAUUGCUUUAUUUAUGUUUUCUAUACCAGAAGAGGUAGGCUUAUAAAUACACCGAACUUCGCACAAGUCUCAUUGCAUUUGAUUAGACUUGAAGGUUCAAGAAUUGACAUAUCUGUCAGCUCACGAUAACAAAUGAAUUAGUAAAGAAAUGUAGCAUCAGCUAUGAAGAUGGUAGGUGUGGAAACGGUGAACCCCCUUUCACACACCCUCAUCAUCAUUAGGAAGCAAUUGCUAGACUAAUCAUUAUAGAAAAGGGUCAUCCAUCAUUAUCGGUUAAGUGGUGGACAGAUUAGAGUAGUUAUGCUGUAAAGGGAAUCGAUUUGUGUUCUGGGGAACCGGCCUUUGAGAUUGCGCCAUAUAAUAUUUUGUUAGAAAUACACCAAAAAAAGUUUAUCCGCAAACAUUAUAACGAGUGAAGGAAUGAGAUGAUGAAAAAAAAAUGCUUACAUCAAAUUACAUCAUUAUUAUUAUUAUUAUUAUCAUUUUUAUUCAUUUAGACACAAAAUUAUUGUCAUUGAGAUUUGAUUAAAACAUAUACCCAUGUUAAAAAAAUAGAUAUAGAUUAUUUAAUUGUUUGAAAGGUGAGAGCAAAGUAUAAUCUUUAAUUGUGAUGCUUUGAACAUUGCACAGAACUAAAUCAUGGCGUUUCUCGGCCCUGGAUGAUAUGAUGAAGUGGCGCAGAUGAGCUCUACGCCAUGUUUGUUGACAUUGUCCCGUACCAAAUACCAAGUCGCCAAACACUUCCUGACAAACCAAAAUAAUGUCAGAGCCCUUUCACAUUGAAAGAAAUAGAGUGUUAGGGAGAGGGGGAGAACAGAGAGGGAGAUAGGGGCAAUGCACUUUGUAUUGAUAUUGCAGUGCUUAUUAUGUAUGCGUAUUAAGAAAUCAAUGUGUUUUAUUUAUUGCAAGGGCGGAAAUCUCUCCCAAAGGUAGGGAGACCAGGGGCUGGAAAAUUUGACAAGC